UUCAAUUCAUUCAAACAUUAAAAAAUCCAACCAUUCUCCAAUUAUAUUCAUGUAAUAUUUUCUUAUUCGGAUAAAGAAACCAACUUUAUUAUCUACAUUAAAUUAAAAAUAUAAAUACUCAUCCAUUUCUUGCUCAAAAACAUUCAAAUCAAAAAUCAAAAUCAUCCCCAUUUCUCAACUCUCAAAACCCAUUACCCUUUCCCAAUCAAAAUCCAAUUUUUGAUCAAAUCAAUCAUUUUUUUGGCUAGAAAAUAUCAAAAAUCAAUUGGGUAUUUCAUAAAAAUGGCUGGGAGUAGUAGUACUCAUCAUAAUUACAAAAUGUUUAUGUGUUUUAAUAGAAAGUUUAAGAUCAAUGAUACACGACCACCAUUUGAUGUUGUAGAAGCAUUUACAAUUUAUUCUGAGAAAAAUGCCCAUAUGAAUCAAUCGCAACUACGUCGUUUUAUGAUUGAGUUUCAAGGAGAAGAUUUAACGGAAGAUGAAUCUAAUUGUCUUCUUAAUGAGAUUCUUCGUCGUCGAAGACAUUUGACCAAAUUUACAAAACAUCAGUUGAGUCUUGAAGAUUUCUUCUUUUUUCUAUUUUCUGAUGAUCUCAAUUCUCCUCUUAAUACCCAGGUGCACCAAGAUAUGACUGCUCCUAUGCAACAUUAUUUCAUAUUUACAGGUCAUAAUUCGUACUUAACCGGAAAUCAGCUCAGCAGUGAUUGCAGUGAUGUACCGAUAAUUAAGGCACUGCAGAGAGGAGUUAGGGUGAUUGAACUUGAUAUAUGGCCUAAUUCCGCUAAGGAUGAUGUUAAUGUUCUUCAUGGAAGGACCUUAACAACUCCAGUGCCGCUCAUCAAAUGUUUGAAGUCGAUAAAAGAACAUGCUUUUGCUGCAUCUUCAUAUCCCGUGAUCAUAACUUUGGAAGACCAUCUUACGCCCGACCUCCAAGCUAAAGUUGCAAAGAUGGUAACUGAAGUAUUUGGGGAGAUGUUAUUCUGUCCCGAGUCUAAGCACUUGGAACAAUUUCCUUCACCCGAAGAAUUGAAGUUUAGAAUCAUCCUGUCCACCAAACCGCCAAAAGAAUACCUCGAGGAAAAACAAGCCAAAGACAAAGGGAGCGCCUCACCAGGCUCAUCCGGGGAUGAUGCACAGCCCAACGAGGCAACAGGCGACAGUGAAAGCGAUCCAGAUGAUGAUGAUAGUGAUGUUGCAGCAAACGGUAAACCUGAUCAAUCAAUUGCACCACAGUAUAAGCGUCUGAUUGCUAUUCACGCGGGGAAACCAAAGAAUGGCUUGAGACAAGCACUUAGAACCGGUUUGGAUAAAGUCAGACGUCUUAGUUUGAGUGAACAAGCACUUGAAAGGGCAGCUUCAAACUAUGGACCUGAUGUUGUUCGCUUUACACAACGAAACUUUCUUAGGAUUUAUCCUAAGGGAACGCGUAUUCGAUCUUCAAACUACGAGCCAUUGGUUGGGUGGAUGCAUGGGGCUCAAAUGGUUGCUUUUAAUAUGCAGGGAUAUGGUAAAUCUCUUUGGUUAAUGAGCGGAAUGUUUCGAUUAAAUGGUGGUUGUGGUUAUGUCAAAAAACCUGAUUUUCUGAUGAAACAAGGUCCAAACGGGGAGGUCUUUGAUCCAAAAGCACAAUCAGAAGUGAAGAAAAUCUUGAAGGUUAGGGUGUAUAUGGGUGAUGGAUGGCGCAUGGAUUUUAGCAAAACUCACUUUGACACUUUUUCUCCACCAGACUUUUAUGUGAAGCUACGCAUACUAGGAGUUCCAGCUGAUAUAGCCAAGGUAAAAACUAAAAUAAUGGAAGAUGAAUGGACUCCUGUAUGGGAUCAAGAGUUCAAGUUUGCAUUAACAGUUCCAGAAUUAGCAUUACUUCAAAUCGAAGUAAGAGAAUAUGACAUGUCGGAGAAGGAUGAUUUCGGAGGACAAGCAUGUUUGCCUAUAUCGGAACUUAAGACUGGGAUUAGAUCGAUUAGACUUUUCGAUAGGAAGGGUGAAAAACUCCCUUCUGUUAGACUUCUCAUGAAGUUUCAAUUUGCUUAGCCCAAUGUCACAUGAUUCGCUAAUUGCCUUGCAAAUUGCGAAUCGAAAAAAGCGAAUUAUGGUCGGUUUUAGGCUAUUUUUAAAUGUUUUUAGUGAAUUGCGAAUUCAAAAGGCGAACUAACUAGCGAAUUAUGUGUCACUGGCUUAGCCUGCACGCUCCAGAAUUAGCAUUACUCCAAAGCGAAUUAUGGUCAGUUUUAGGCUACUAGUGUGUACUGUACUAUUAAGUGUUAAAUGUAUAGUAUAGCCAAGAUCACUCCAAUGAACCGAGUACUCAGAAUGGAGAAACCGAAAGGAUAGUAAUGCAUUGGAAAUCUCUGUACUUAAAAAAUGAUUCCUGUAUUUGUUGGUCUUUAUUAGAUCUUAUGAAACUGGAAUUUGAGACAUUUUUUGAUGCGAUGUACACUAUUUAGCAGGUCAAAUUAGUGUAAUGAGAUAAUGAGAACAGACCUUUAUGCUCUA